GACUUCUGAUGCGCGCAUGCGUCGUGCCUUGAGUUUCACGCGCGGGACUGCACUGCAAGGAAGAAGUCUCAAAUCCACCAGCGUUGUGUCUGUUCCUGUCCCUUACUUUUCAGGUUUUAGUUUACUAUCUUAAUAAAAAGGUACCAGCAUGUGGAAUCAGGGAGGGUACAGCGAGUCGACUAUGGUCGGAGGUUACACUCAGUCUCCAGGAGGCUUUGCAUCACCUGCCCUAUCCCAGGGAGGAGAGAAAAAGGGGAGAACCCGUGCCACACAGAUAAUCCCCUGCACAGUGUCACAGCUGAUGUCUGCCUCCCAGGCUGAUGAGGCCUUCAGAGUAGGAGAUGUGGAAGUUGCCCAGGUUACCAUUGUGGGAGUCAUCAGGAGCACAGACAAAUCCAUGACCAACAUCCAGUACAAGGUUGAUGACAUGACAGGUGCCCCCAUGGAUGUGAAGCAGUGGGUAGACACAGAGGACCCCGGUGUGGACAGCACUGUCCUGCCUCCAGGCACAUACGUCAAAGUCUCUGGCAAUUUACGCUCCUUUCAGAACCACCGAUCAGUCGUGGCUUUCAGCGUCAGACCUCUAGAGGACAUGAAUGAAAUCACAUCGCAUAUGCUGGAAGUUGUCCAGGCACAUAUGGUGCUCAGCAAGCCUCAAAGCACGUCAGGGGCUGGAGGGGGGAUGAGCAGCAGCGUCAUGCCCAUGUCACGGCCAGGCCCAGAAAGCAUGGGAGGAGGCUACGCUGGCGCUAACGACAUGACUAACAACGGGUUGAGUGCCAACCAGAAUCAGGUGCUGAGUUUGAUUAGAGGUUGCCCAUACCCGCAAGGUAUCAGCAUUCAGGACCUAAAGCAGAGACUCAGUGGAAUGAGUCUGGCCGUUAUCAAGCAAGCAGUGGAGUUCCUAAGCAACGAAGGUCACAUCUUUUCCACCAUUGACGAAGACCACUUCAAGUCAACAGACAAUGAUGAUUAGACACCUUCUAAGUACCAGUGGGGUUACUUAUGUGAUAUUUAACCUGAUAAAAAUCAUUAGUAUAGAUUUUAUAACUUAAACUUAAACUAACACAGCCGCUCUGACCUUGUUAAUUCUGGAGAGCUGAGCAAAUUCCAUGAGAACUUCUUUGUUAAGGUACAAUGGUUGGUGGUAGUUAGAAAGAAAACACAUGGUUCACUGACACUUGGUUCACACAUCCUGUAUUCCUGAGUUUACUUCUGCUAUUUUGCAAAGCCCAAAAGGGAGGCAUUUGAAGAAGCUGUUGUUGGCAGUUAAGACUGUUUGUUUGUACUUUCCCCGCUCCUUUGUAAAGCAUUUUGUAAUUUUAAAGACUUGAAACAUAAGUAAGUCAAUUUAUUUCUUUGUCUGUAACUUUUGCCAAAAUUAAAAGAUUGUACAAAAUGCA